AUGGCUCCGAGCCGGGCGCUGCUGCCCGCGGCUCUGCUGGCGCUGGCGCUGAGCCCGGGACCCGCGGCCGCGCUGCCGUGCAUCGCUGACUGCCCGGCGGGUACGUUCGUAGCGAGCCCGGACUGCGGACGGGGAGCGGGCGCGUCCUGCCAGCCCUGCCCGACCGGCACCUUCUCCAGCGCGGCGGGACGCGGCGGCUGCAGAAUGUGUCGGCGGUGCGAAGGUCCAUUUCAGUAUUUAAAAGAGUGUUCCUCAACAAGUGAUGCUGAAUGCACAUGCAAGGAGGGCUAUAGCUGUGGCAAUGACGGCUGCACCUACUGCAUCCGAAGCUGUGGUGUGGGCAAGGAGAGCACCAAGAACGGCUGCCAGACUUGCCCCUAUGGAACCUUUAAUGAUCAACCCAAUGGCUCCUGUAAAAACUGGACAAUGUGCUCUGAUAACCAAGUCCUGGAGCCUGGAACUCCAGCAAAAGAUGUCAUUUGCAAACACGCUUCAGUUAAUCCCACUUCAGUCACUACUCUACCUACCACAUCUCUUGAAAUGCCAUUUUCUAUCACUGUGCCAGGGAACGAUGUUCAGACAGACACAAUCAGGAUUUCUGUCGCUGUGGCUGGGCUGUCGUGCAUAAUGUUUCUCCUGCCUUUGUGCAUCUGCUUCAGUGUCUGGCAUAAAAAGAAACUACACACUGCCUUCAAGAAAAUACACACACCUGAACAGUCAAUUCAGGAAGAUGAUGCCUGCAGCUGCCACUUCCCUGAGGAAGAACAAGGUGAAUAUCAGGACCCUGGCAAAUCCACAGAAUUCAGAGAUCUUCUGGUGCACUAGAAACUGAACUGUCCAAGUCAGCCACA